AUGUUCACAAUUGCAACGAUUCUUGGUGUCUUCAACUGUGGUUUCAACUUCAUUGCUCUUUUUAUCUUUUUUUUCAUCAUUAUCCUUGGUAUUCUGUACCGACGAGAUAUGCGCGACAUUUCACUUGUCCUAACGUACAAUACUUGUUUUGCUGCACUUCUCACCUGUCUGACUGUUUUGAUUAUGAACACAUCUAAUCUCUCGAGCGGUUUCCUCACCUUCAACUUCGACUUCUGUCGUGUUUGGGGUCUCAUAUACGAUAUGUGCCAGUGCUCCAUCUACCACAGUUUCUACUUACAAGCGUUCUAUCGUCUCUGCCGAGUUAUAUUCUACAAAAAGAAAUCUCUCCUAUCCUAUUCACUCUUCAUCUCCCUCGUCUUUGCCCAGUGGACACUAACAAUCGUCAUACUUCUCCCACCGUUCUUCCUCGGAUGGUACACUCCCUUACCAACCGAACAAUAUUGCCUUAUUCCAUACUCGGACUAUGGUGCAGAGUUGUACCAUGUCAUGGUUCUAUACGUUAUUCCUAUAGUAUGUAUAUCUACAACUUACAUAUCGAUCACAAGAUAUAUUCGAAAAUCAUCUCGACGACCAACGACGAUGCUCGCGAUUAACCAGCAACAACGAAAUUUGCGCGACCUGACUGUCAUGAGACGUAUUCUGGUACUAAUAUCUGUACUGAUCGCACUUCGUGGUCCCACUAUCAUCUUCAUGGUAUAUGCGGUAAUCAGAGGCCAGAUGUAUGAAUAUACAUUUGGUAUUGUGGGUCUAGUCACAGCGCUUUGUAUGAUAUUCAUGGGUUUAAUGCUGAUUCAUAUCACUCCACGGCUGAGAAAGAAUAAACUUGUUUCUAUGGUGUACCGUGACAAUCGGAUUGAAACACAAAUAUCUGCACCAGGUCAACCAAUACAACCGCCCUAUAAUGCACAAUCAUCAAUCACCGCUGGUGGACAGGUCGAGGUGCGGCAAAAGGCAUCUUUCAAUAGUCAAAGAACCGCAUGA